UAUUCGAUUUCGUUGUCUAGGCGAGUCACGAGAUGGAAAUGAUUACACAGCUGCUCCUGUGACGUAACGGGAUUAAGCGAAUGUAGGGCAUUCAGAUUAUUUGACGGCCAGUGAACAUACCAACGAAACACUAGCCAGCUAAUCAAGGAUUCUACUAACCCAAACAUGGCACUGAAUCGAAACCAUGCACAAAAUGGAGGCGUUAUGAUUAAUAACGGGGAAAGUGUCCUGAGAGACUGCAAAAAUGUGGAGCUAUCCUUCAAUGAUGUUACAAGCAAGACAGAUUUACUCAGGGGAACCAAGAAGGGCUCCGUGUACCUCACACCAUACAGGAUGGUGUUUGUUUCCAGCAACCCAAGGGACAAUCUUGGCUCAGUGAUGUUCCCCUAUUACCUGAUUAAGGGUUGUAGUAUUGAACAGCCUGUUUUUGCGGCAAAUUACAUCAAGGGCACACUCAAUGCAGAGACUGGAGGUGGCUGGGAGGGACAGGCAAGUUUCAAGAUGUCCUUCCCGAGUGGUGGAGCCAUUGAGCUGGGUCAGCACCUCUUCAAACUGGCCACAAAUGCAUCUCGUGCCCCUCCAGCCCAAAAUGGUGGUGCCUCAUUUGGCUAUCCAUCGCCUGGAGCUAUGAACGGCUAUGGACCUCCACCCAUGUCCAUGGGCUACCCUUAUGCACCCCCACCUCAGCAAAAUGGUUUCCACCCUGGUUCCGCUGCACCACCUGGCAACAUGGGCUAUCCAUAUCCCACAGCUGGAGUGUACCCGACUGCCCCUGCCUACAUGGCCCCCCCACCACCUUAUCCUGGACCACCCCAGAACUGGGCUGCUCCCCCUGCAGGCAAUGCAAAGGCUGCAGAGGCUGCUGGUAGUGCAUAUUAUAACCCAAACAACCCCCACAAUGUCUACAUGCCCAUGGAGCAGCCACCUCCAUACGCACCUUUUCCCAACUACCCUGAGAAGAAGAACAACUGAGACGAGGCCAUUUACAACACAUUCACUUACAAUACAUUAGUUUCCAGUUAAACACAGAUUAUUAUUAUUUUGUAUUAAUACUGAGCCAAUAUAGGUGUUCAUUUGUGACGGACCAUGCUGGCUAGAGUGCAUACACAUUAGAAUACUUAAUGCUGUUUUGGAGAGAUAAUCAAUCAUACUUGGAUCACAGGCAAGUGUAUGGAAUGAGUUAGAUACAAUUACCUCUCUAUUCACAACCUUUCUUUUUCUCUCAGCUCCUUUGACACAGUUUUACUACAAACAUUUUUUUAACUCCAUUAGAUAACCAACUCUUGUAUUAAGUCUAUGUGUGGACUGUUCUCUUGCCUCAUUGUGGGCCACUGAACUCUGCUUGAGAGAGAGCUUUUGAAACGUAUUGUGUGGGAACUGUUCCUCUAAGUUCAGACAUGGGAAUGUGUGAGCCUGAAAGUAUUUUACAUUUUCAGCAUUUGUAAAGAAAAAGAAGAGCCAAUGGUGUCAUGGGGAUAAUUUAUAAUGACCAAUUUGCGUUAUUCUGUAAUGAAUAAUGUGACAAAACCACAAUGAUACUAUCACUCUUACCAGUUAUAGUAUAAAUGUGGCUGAGGUGGAUGACUCCUCCAGCUGGGGGGCUUUGCAACAUAUAGUCUUUUUCUGAUUGCUAGGGAGCCUUCAAUCUACGUUCCAAUGCACAGCAGCCUUUUUGUGACAUUUUUUUAUUUUGUAUUGCCUAGGAGGAUAACUCUGAUCCACGUUUGACCAUAGGAUUUAGAUUGUUGUGAUUGAGAGUAGUGUGGUUGCAUUACAUGGCACUCCCAGUUCCUAGGAGUAUGUCUUGGCGACCCUAUCAUAUCAGGUUCAGUCCCUGACCUUUGCCCCUUUUUCAAACCACAGUGAUGACUUCUAAUCUUGUUAGAAAUUCCAACCUCACUCUUUCUGUAAUUACCACAGAGUUGAGUUACACGCACACACGCACGCACGCACACACACACGUAUACGUACACAACACAAACACACACUUUUGCUUUGUGGUUGUGUCUUGUUUCACAGCCUCCUCCCAAAUGAACUGCAGGUAUUUAUGCAUAAUUGAACUGGAGCAGUAGUCUCCUCCAGUUUAUAAAGUCAUUGGUUCCCUCACAGAGUUUAUUUUGUUUUGUCAUGGCAUGACAUAAACGAUUUGGUGAAGUGUUAAAAAAAUAUGAAGUGUGUUUAACAAAAGCUCUUUGACUUGGCUUGUGUUUGUAAAUUCUUUUAUCUUUAUUUUUAAAAUCUAAAACUGAUCAAUAUUUCUAUAAUCAAACAACUAAUAAAUGUAUAUUGAAAGUAA